AUUGGUUCUCUGUUGAAAUUUCCGUCCACCUUCUUAGCAUCCUUCGCCCUCAUUGUCAGAAGACCUAUGAUAGUCUAACUCGCCUUUCACAAUAUAAAGGACAGGUCAAAUAUGGCAUCGUUUAGGCGUUUGGUGCAGACGAGCAGGAAUGUUGCUUCAGUGGUUUUGCGAAGACAGUUUCACAAGACACCGUCGGCCUCUGCGCAGGUGACUGUGCGAGAUGCACUGAACCAAGCCAUGGACGAAGAGCUGGAAAGGGAUGAACGAGUGUUUCUUCUUGGAGAGGAGGUGGCACAAUAUGAUGGUGCCUACAAGGUCAGCAGAGGACUCUGGAAGAAAUAUGGAGACAGCCGUAUCAUUGACACUCCUAUAACGGAGAUGGGAUUUGCAGGUAUUGCUGUAGGUGCUGCAAUGGCUGGCCUGAGGCCCAUUUGUGAGUUCAUGACAUUUAACUUUUCCAUGCAAGCCAUUGACCAGGUCAUCAACUCUGCGGCCAAGACAUACUACAUGUCUGCUGGCUUCCAGUCUGUCCCAAUCGUGUUCCGUGGGCCCAAUGGUGCCUCUGCUGGAGUCGCUGCCCAGCACUCGCAGUGCUUCGCAGCAUGGUACGCACACUGUCCCGGACUCAAGGUGGUGAGUCCUUGGAACGCUGAAGAUGCUAGGGGACUACUGAAGUCAGCCAUCAGAGAUGAUAAUCCUGUGGUGUUUUUGGAGAAUGAGCUCAUGUAUGGUGUUCCAUUUGAAAUGUCAGAGGAAUCGCAGUCUAAAGACUUUACUAUACCCAUUGGAAAGGCUAAAGUUGAACGGCAAGGCACUCACAUCACACUUGUGUCACAUUCCCGAUACGUGAGUUUCUGUCUUGAUGCAGCUGCUGUCUUGGCAAAAGAGGGCAUUGAAUGUGAGGUAAUAAACCUGCGCACCAUUAGACCUUUGGAUGUGGAGACCGUAGAGGCCAGUGUGAUGAAAACCAACCACCUGAUAACUGUUGAGGGAGGAUGGCCUCAGUUUGGAGUUGGAGCUGAGAUCUGUGCGAGGAUCAUGGAAGGUCCAGCUUUCAACUAUUUGGAUGCUCCUGCUGUCCGAGUGACUGGUGCAGAUAUCCCUAUGCCUUAUGCAAAGAUCUUGGAAGACAACAGUAUACCUCAGGUUAAGGACAUCAUAUUUUCAGUGAAAAAGACUCUGAAUGUCUAAUGAGACUUGUUCAGUUACUGAGUUCCAAAUUUACUCGUCCUCUCCCCUUGUGGCACUUCUCUUCCCUACGUAUUAAAUAAUAUAUACAAUAUGCAUGGUUCCUUUUUAUUUUGUAGGGGGUACUUUUAUUCAGGUAGUUUCACUGAGUUAGAUUUUUAUUUCUUUCUCCUAACACUACCAUCUCUUCCUGUUUUGUUACUUUUGGGUUUUUCCAUGUUUUGGACCAUAUGAGCUUUGAUAAGUGAUGUCCUCAAAUCAGUUAGUUGUACAUUGUACAGUUUGGUGGAAGUAAAUUAAUUUAUUUUGGAGGAAAACAUCAAUUUAAGCCCACCUCCCCCUUCCCCCCAGUGUUAUCAUAAUAUAUUGCAUUUUGGCUCAAUGAAAAAAAAUUGUCUCAAUAUUGAUGAUCACUGGGACCAUGACCAUUCAAUAAACUUACGGCCUAUUUCUGUCCUUCCA